AUGGAAGAUCGGAGAAAAGAGGGAGAGAGCCUUUGUUCGGGGAAAGCCCAAAGUUGGGGGAAGAAAAAGAAGCAAGUAGUGGAAGCCCGCCGCUCUUUCCUGCUUUGUUUCUCCGCUCCGCCUUUUCUCCCGCCUCUCUUCCGCCCGCUUCUUCUUCCGAAUGGAAUAAAGCCCGCCGCCCCCCCCGCCGACCCCGCUUCCCCCGCUUGCCCCUUCCGCCCCUCACGCUUCUCAGCCCGCCCUUCAAACCGGCACCCAUGCUGCCGGGCUCGAUUCGCACUCAUCACGAUCGACUAG